UGUCCACUUCACCAGCUGUCGGUCACUCAGUGACCAUUAUUGAUCUUCCGUAAAUGACAAUGGAUGUCAAAGCAGGAAGUGGCAAACUCGUCGCCUUUUCUCCAAGCUCAUGAAAACGAUAGCAUUAGACAGCAUGACUUUAGACAAGAUGGCUGAAGUGGCAACUUUCCUCUCCAGUCCAGAUUCUCCUUGGUUACAGAGAACCUUUCCCGAUGGCAUCUGUCUAUUUAAACAUCUCCUCUCUGAUAAAAGAGUGAAUGCAGAUACAGACCCAUUAGUUAAGAGGUUGAAAACUGCUCAGAAAUGCUUACACACAUACUUGGUGGAAUCAGGGGAAAUAACUCACAAUAUUGAGCUGGAAAUUCUUGGUGAUAUUUUAGUCAGCUGUAUGUGGUCAUGUGCAGAAAACAUUAGACUGGGAAGAGAAAUUGAAAAGCUUUUAGAAAUGAUGCGAAAGAGGUAUCCAGAGAUAAUAAAGCCAUUAAUUAAGUCUCGUCUGGAAAGUGGUGUCUUCAAAGUUACUGUUGAUUCUAAAUCACUUAAUAAAGUAUCAUGUGUGUUAGACCAGAGCUCUGGCAUUCGAGACAUUUGUAAAGGUCAGUUAUCGGACCUGCUAAACUGUCUACUAACCACACUGACCAGAGUGACUAGAGCUCAUGCUGUGGGCAGGUUGACCAAGUCUGACCAGGACUUACUCUAUACUGUGAUAAAGGUGUGUUUACAGGUGUUUCAGUAUUAUUCCGAUGAUGUAUCACCAUGUGUUUGGACAGAUGUCUCUCAAGAUACCAAUGGUGACCUUCAACUUGCUCUGGAAAACCUUCUGACUGAGAUGGUUUACAUACUGAGAGCAGAGAGUUUUUCAUCAGAUUGUGUUCUUCUCACUGGAUCAGCUGUUAUGUUCUUGCUGAACACAGCUCCCACCUCAGAAGUCACUGGCUUCAGUUUUUGGACACUACUUCACCAGCUAGACAGCAAGGAUGAAAUACAUAUAGGACAUCUGAUACUACAGAAUAAAGACACAGGGUUUUUUCAGUCCAAUACAAAGGAGACCUCAUGUGACUCACUCUAUAGAUUAGGACAUCUGUCCUUGCUGAGGGGUUUUGUAACUUCUGCAGAAACAGCAACUUUACUCAGCCACAAUUCUGGUUACCUUGACCACGGUGAUGAAGUUAUCAAGGGAGAUAACUACAAUUUGGUCAGACUGUUCCAGCCAAUCCUCCACUUUUGUAAGGGACCAGUCAAUCUGCAGUACUUGGCUUUUCAGGCUUUAUCAAAGUGGUACAAAAAGGUUCUGCAGAUUAUCAACAAAGGUGAUUCAAAUUUUACCGUUUUAGAAAACUUGUAUAAUUCCAGUGUCUUAUCCUUGACAUGGGAUUUGAUUCAACUGAACUGCGAUAGCCCAGUGGACAAUGUGGCAGAAUUCUGUGUGGAAAUUUGCUCGAUGCUGCUGGAGCUAGAACAGCUGGUAAAGAGUAAGAAAGGAAACGUAACUAAGGGAGGAGCUAUGGCUAAGGAAUUGACAGAUGUCAUUCUGGAUCAUGUAGUCAGCACAUCAUGGACUGUCAAGAGUAGAUAUAAAUUGCUGAAGGUUGUCCUGUCCUUUGUAAGCUUCUCAAAGAUAGAGGAGUUGUACUCUGAUCUAGCUACUCACCUACUGCAGUGUUUAUCUACCAGUACCUUGGCUGUCUCUGCUACUGAUGUCUACAGGGCCUGCCUUAUUCAGAUCAGAUCUGGUGCAGGUGACAUUGGAGCUACAUGGACAUCUCAGUGGUGGAACUUCAUGGAACAGGCUGUGACCUCUGACCUCAGCCUGUUAAGACAGAAUGCUAUGGUUUACCUUGUGCCAACAACCCUGAAAGCCUUACCAGAUCUUUCAGAGUGCAUCUUGACACAUAUAACAACCUGCUUGGAGAAUUGUCUCAAUGUUGAACACAGAAAUAGAGUUCUCCUAGCAUGGGUGUCAGUGGCUAAGGUUAUCCGAUCUUUGAUCAGCGGGUUUAAGGUGCCAGAAGAAACCCUGUCAGAAGCUGCAUUUCAUUCUAAUGAUGAUGUGAGAUCUGCUGCCUUUGGAAUUCUCUGUACAACACUGAAAACUGCAGAGCCAUUAUCUUUGUGGGAGGACUUGUUUCUAAGGAAGACGUUGCCUCUCAACCUGAAUGUUGACUCAGCUGCCUUCAGGCAAAGACUCAUGGGAGAUGUCAAGAAAUUAGCCAUUCGUUGUCGCGAUAGUGGAUUAGCUCUGGUGAAAUCUGCUCAUAAAAACAAAGACUCACUUACGGCAACUGUAGACUUUGUUGAUUGGCUGUUAGAACUUUGCAUGACAAAUCUCCAUCCAGGUGUGUCGUUCCAAAGAAGAAAGACCUGCCUGGAGAUUUUCCAGGUUCUGCUACAAAUUUUCAAAGGAUUCCAUGAAAGUAAACACAAGAAGGGGCAGGAUCAAGAAAAUAUGAACAGAUUCAUGUUGUUUUGUAAGGAAAUGGAGAAAAUGGAUUUUUGUUGCACAGCCAACUGGCUGUGUAUUCUACACUGUGUUGUGGAUGGCACAGAUGAGGUUCAAAAUCUGGCCAACACUAUCCUGAUGAAGUAUUUUCCGCCUUCCUUGCUGGAGGACAGCCGUGCUGCAUUAACAACAGAGGGAGCUGUGUGUCAGAUUUUAUCCCAUGGUUUGCAACUCUGUAACACAGCCUGGUCUCCCAACAACAACAGUGGGUCUUUACUCUGUCAGUAUGUCUGGAACAGGUACAUAUGUGGCGAGGGUUUGUGUUUUGACAUUGACUACCAGACAGACACCAACCAUCACUGUGUCAGAUACUCUGGCAAGGACAAAGCCAAAUCUCCUCUGAAGUUUAUACAGUUUGUGAUCAGAGAUAUACAAGAGGCUGUUGAAUUGGCCGGACACAGUCCUCUUGUAGGUGCAGACUCUCGACCUAUUCAAGGCAUGUUCAACCUACUGAAUUCUCUUCUAAGUGAAAAGGGCAAUGUGACAGAGGUUAUUCCAGACAAGACUCUUGAACCAAUCCUGGAGAACGUGGUCAGGCUGUCCUUACAGACAACUCAACUGAUGUCUGACAUUCUGACAGGAGGAGACAACUCCGACACUUGUGUAUCAUUUGCUGAUAUCACCACUUCUCUGGCAAACCUUCUGCCCAGCACCACUCAGACCCUGAGGGAUGUGAGUAGCUCUGACUACAGACCACUCCUGACUUGGUGUGCCAACAACACAAAGGAAAGUUGCAUUUGCGUGGGACGAAUUGUUGAGAUGUUUCUUUUGGAAAAUAAUUCCGGAGAUUGUAUUGCACAGUUACCGUGGUUACAGAGGCUUGGCGAUGAGUUUCUCUCUGUCUUUAUUAGACACAGGCACUGGGGUGCUAUCGAUGGGUGCCGGGUGGGAUUUACUCCAUAUUGUACAGCUCUUUUCUCUAGCUCAAAUGCAAAGUUCUGCUGUCUCCCAAAACAGCUCCUUGCCAAGGUUUUGGAAAAUCUGACCUCCAAUUCUGCAGCUAGUUCUGUCACUCGAAGAUCUGGGGGCUUACCUGUCCUAAUCCAGACUGUUAUUGUUAGUGAGAAAAUCAUUGGCCAGACAGAGUGUUUGAGCCUCACCCUGAGUAGCCUGCUCUCUGUGGCUGCGUCCCCUCUGCCCACCACCAUAAGUCAGACCCAGGACCUGCCACAAGUCCACGCCAUCAACAUGCUCAACACCCUGUUCAGUGAUGCAGGCCUGGUCCAUUUGUUAGUCAGUUACAUCAGCUCUGGGAUGGUCCUUGUCAUAAACAGCUUUUCCUCUCAGUCCUGGGCAGUGAGAAACUCAGCCACUCAGCUCUUCAGUACUCUCAUUAGCAGGAUGUUUGGCCAGAAAAAAAGUGGAACUGACUCCUCAUCUAACCCAAACUCCAUGACAAUCACAGAAUUCAGUGCCCAUUAUCCAAAGUUAUGCCCCCUGAUUGUGACCAAAUUGGAGGCGGCCAGAAAAGCUGGUUUUCACUCAGUUGCGCAGCUUCCCCCUGUACUGUUUCCUAUUUUAACUAUUCUCUCACAUCUUGCCCCUCAAACAGCAACAAACAGUUUUGUUGAGUCUGUCAGAGAUGUGGUGUGUCAGGCUGCUUACAGUCCGGUGUAUUCCCUGCGAGAGUUAGCCGCGAAGGCUUUCCCUGCCUUACUCCAGCCUUGUGAGAGACAGACCAUUGCUGAAUACAUGCUUCAUAGACUAUCCAUAUCCUCUGUAAAGUGCAGGCUUAACUAUGUGCAUGGGAUUUUACAGCAGGUGGACAAACUUCUUGACUGUGAAAAAAGCAGUGAUAAAAUGGCCAGCUCGUGUUUGAACUGUCUGCUGAAGUCUGAUUGGCUGAUAUUUGAUGCUGACCAGUCAUGUGACUUUGUCAAGGCCAUGUAUAUGGAGGUGAUGCUGAAGUGCUGGGUUUCCUUACACAGUGAGACAAAAAUGGCCCUGAAAGAAAAGAUUCAGUCAUUUGCUGAAAAAUGCCUAUUGUCUAAAAAUACAACAUCCACGCCAUCCAAGUUUCAGAUAGGAGAGUGGCUGUUCAGUUUGGAGCUCAUGAAGCUGCUGUUCUCUGUGUUUGAGUGGGAUGAUGGUUGUUUACAGCAGAUCAUCAGUACGAGUCUACACAGUACCUCAGAGAUGAGGCCAGCCUGUGUACAGUGCCUGAAAAACAGUCUCAAGUCCAGAGAUGUCCAGUUUGACAAUAAACCAGUCUGGCUGCAGAUAAAGGUAAGCUUGUUCCAGUCAUUGAGAAAUUAUGGUGAGAACUGUAUGAUCUCUGAAUGCCUUGACCUCAUUGUGGAUAUACAUGAGCGUUAUGGACCUUCGAUGGAUGACCCCUGCCCUCUUGACAUUGACACCUUGACCUGGACAAAUGACCUUGACCCUAGUUCUAUCCUCUCAGCACAGUUCCUGGAGAUGUCAGCCAUUUGUAUUCGUUCAGCAGUGGAGAAAGGAUGUGUUAAACAUUCAGAACUGGACGUUUUCUCUGAGAAACUUGAGCUAUUUACUGGUUUGAAUGGAACAAACCGUCAACAAAUGGCUGCAGCUCGCAGUCUCUGUAUUACAGGCUGUUGUAUCUUGACAGCAAAAACAAAGAAGAAUUUAGAACUGCCGAUCACCAGGUUGAUUAUGUCUACCUUUAACCUCCUUCACAGUAUUCAACCGGACGUCCGAGCUGUUGCCGGGCAGUUUGUUAGUAGGUUACCAAGAAGAUCAAGUGACAUCUGGCAGCAUACAGACCUGCAGACUGCUGUCUGCAUUCAGGUGUUCUGCGAGUUUGUGAUAGCUGAGUUUUCUUGGUCAGACCAUUGUAUACUCAGACUCUGUGCAAGACUUUAUGAGCCCGGAGUGAUACUUGAGCUACUGGAUCAGCCAGAAGUAUCUACUGAUUCAGACACAGGUGGGAGAGAGCUGGGUGUGGAAGGAAAAUACUUGCAUGGAAUGCUUCUGUCUAUCCUGCAGAACAGAGCAAAUGUUGUAGGCCUAUACUUGUGCGCAGAACUUCUCUCGAUCAUGGAGAAAGCCUUGCGGGAUCUUGAAGGCUGUUGUCAGUUCUUAAGCCAAUCCAAGGAGGAUAAUGUAAUAUUCCCUGCACUGGCCUCCCCUGAAACCUUCACCUGUCUGACAAGGCUAUUGCUGUUUGCUGAUCUCUCUCUGACCUCAGGGAUGGUUACUGAUGCUGAUGUUGUGGACAGGGUGGAGAAGUCUGUACAGAAACUCUCACAGGUUAGGGUGUUGUGUUUAAAACCAUUCCUUGGAGAAAUUUUACAGAAAAUUCUUGUUGGUCAAAGCAGGUGA